GGCAGCGGACAUGGGGCGGCGCUGAGCGGCGGAGCGGCGGCGGGGAACCAUGCUGUCGAGGAAGGGGAUCAUUCCCGAGGAGUACGUGCUGACCCGGCUGGCCGAGGAUGUGCCGGAUCACGCCCGGUACCGCGCCCGGGAGCGGCGGGCACGCUUCGUGGGCAAGAACGGGGCCUGCAACGUGGCCCACAAAAACAUCCGGGAGCAGGGCCGGUUCCUUCAGGAUGUCUUCACCACGUUGGUGGACCUCAAGUGGCCCCACACGCUGCUCAUCUUCACCAUGUCCUUCCUCUGCAGCUGGCUGCUCUUCGGCAUGGUCUGGUGGCUCAUCGCCUUCGCCCACGGAGACCUGGACCACGGCACCCGGCUGCAGCGCACCCCGGCCACGGAGAUCCCGGACGGCUUUGUGCCCUGCGUGACCAGCAUCCACUCCUUCACCUCCGCCUUCCUCUUCUCCAUCGAGGUGCAGGUGACGAUCGGCUUCGGAGGGCGCAUGGUGACGGAGGAGUGCCCGGCCGCCAUCCUGGUGCUGAUUGUGCAGAACAUCGUGGGGCUGGUGAUCAACGCCAUCAUGCUGGGCUGCAUCUUCAUGAAGACCUCGCAAGCCCACCGCCGUGCCGAGACCCUCAUCUUCAGCAAGCACGCGGUCAUCGCCCUGCGCAAUGGCAAGCUGUGCUUCAUGCUGCGGGUGGGCGACCUCCGGAAGAGCAUGAUCAUCAGUGCCACCAUCCGCAUGCAGGUGGUGAAGAAGACCUCCAGCCUGGAGGGGGAAGUGGUGCCCCUCAACCAGAUCGACAUCCAGAUGGAGAACCCCGUGGGGGGCAACAGCAUCUUCCUCGUCUCCCCGCUCAUCAUCUACCACGUGAUAGACAAGAACAGCCCCCUCUACGACAUCUCCCCCUCGAACCUUCACCACCACGAGGACCUUGAGAUCAUCGUCAUCUUGGAAGGGGUGGUGGAGACGACCGGCAUCACCACGCAAGCGAGAACCUCGUACCUGGCGGAUGAAAUCCUCUGGGGCCAGAGGUUUGUGCCCAUCGUGGCCGAGGAAGAUGGGCAAUACUCUGUGGACUACUCUAAAUUUGGUAACACGGUGAAAGUGCCCACCCCUUCGUGCACUGCCAGGCAGCUGGAGGAGGACAAGAGCAUUAUGGACACAGUGCCAUUUUCCCCUAGAAGUACCAUAAGGAAGAGAUCUAUCAAGCUAAAGCCCAAGUUCACCAUAUCUGACGAGCCUUCCUGAUGCCUUUGGACUGGGAAACUGUGCUAGGGCUUUGCGUCUGACAGAUCUCAUGAACUCAAAACACUGAGGUGGCCUCUAUUACUUUUUUAAAAAAUUCAGGUCGGUAGCACAAGGUACAAUUCUAGCAUUAGCUUUCCAUGGACUUAAACCAUCGGAUUCUCCUCCGUUUCCAGAGUGCCUUGCAUUAACAUGCAUACGAUAAAUACAGUAUUAUGGCAGUGCACUUCAGCAGGAAAACCUCCCUGUGAAGCAGAUAAAAAACCAGAGGUUGCUGCAGAAGGAAAAGUGGUUUAGUUCUUCAGGUAUUGGUUGAGGGAGAAGAGAAGAAAUGCUGCAUUUUAGGUUUAAUGGUUAUUAUUGACACACCUUUCUCUCUUCCUGUACUCAAAGUCAUAUAGGUGUUGCCACUAAAAAUGGAAAGGAUCAGUGUUCUUUGUAGUUCAUGUUCCUGCAUUGCCCUGCAUUCAUCAAAUGGCAGAUGCUCCAUCCCAAGAUGGAUACCUUGAACACAACAGCUCUGACCCAGAAGGCAGUAAAAGAAUUCCCACCUAUUUGAAUGCAUUUUUGUAUCAAAGGAUCUGCUGAAAGCCUGUGCUGCAGCAUUAAGAUGGAUUCAAUCAGCACUACCGAUGUCACUCAAGAAAAGCUGCUGUUCGAGGUGGGAAGACCCUUACGGGAAGGAGGCCGUGGGGAAUCCAGACCUGGGGCGCGUGCUCAGUGUGGCUGGUGACUGCCUAGCUGCCUGUAACACAUGACUCAGCGUACUAUUUUUGAUUCAGCAACAGGAGAAAGAUAUGUGAUACAAACCUCCACCUCCCCCUCUCCCCCACCCAAGUAGAACUAUUAAAAGUGCAGAAGACAUUCUUGAGAGGCUGUAGAUACCACUGCCUCAGUCUUGCUUGUAGCACUGCUAGGUGCCCAUGGAAGACAGCACGGCACACUGCCUGUUUUUUUUGCUUACACUGCUAUUUUGAUGCAUAAUGCAACUUUAAAGAGUCAUCACAGGAAAAUGACUCAUUUAAAAAAAAAUUCUUCAAAAGAAUAUUAAAACUGUGCAGCUCCUCUUUGCCACUUGCCGCUUUCUGCUUUUGUACCUGGCUUACAGAGUUCAAAUGCAGAAGGCAUAUCCACAGGUGGCUACCUCAAGCUGAGCAGCUUUAAGUCAGCAAUCCUAUGUGAAUUGGUGUAGAGUCAGAGGUGUUAUGGUGGUGGCCUCGUAGAGGGAUGCCCCCUCUUUGCUGGAGCUUGCCCUGGCUGGAGGCAUUGAGUAUCCUGACUCAUCCCAAUGCCACACAGCGGUGGCCGUGAAGUCACCCUUUUCCUUCCCUGGAUAUUCUUUGUAUGUCUGCCAUUUAAGUGGCAUUUGUUUCCUCUAUCCAGGACAUGGUAGACAAAAUGUGUAAACAGCGUUUUUAUUACUGUUAGUUAUGAUAGUUAUCCCUGAGCAGAGCUGAGGCACAGAGAAAUAUCACUGCAUAUCAGGGGUGGCAGUAGAAGUCCUUAUCUUCAACAAGUCUCAAAUCAGGCCCCCAUUUUAAAUCCUAGGCCUUUAAAUCCAAGAGUUUGCCAGGUUUGUUAGCACCGGGAUUUUUCUCUUGGGGUUGACUCCUAUUAAGUUGAUGGGAGUGGGCAGCUGACCCAAAUAGUUUCUGAUGGUGCUUUUAUCAAAACAUGCUGUUCCCUGUACUUUAUGUUGAAAGUCUUUUUCUUCUCUAGCAGCCUAUAGGAGAUUUUUGCUCUGUCUUGUAAGUAAAAGUCUUAACUUUUUUUCUCUGACAUGGGGGAUGUAUAACCAAGAUGUUAUAAUUGCAAUAUAAUCAAAAGAGUAAG